AGCCACAGCCCGAGUGCCCAUUCUCCCCAAUUCCCCAAGCAAAGGGCUGGGUCGGCCUUGGAUUUUGGGGUAAAAAGCCUCUCGACACACAGAGCCAAGCUCACUCCUCUCUCUCUCUCUCUCUCUCUCUCUCUCUCUCUCUCUCUCUCCCCUCUCCUUCCUCUCUCACUCUUAUACCACUCGACUUUAUUCUCUCUUCAAAAUUCGAUACUUUGCUCUGUACCCAUAACGAGGUUUUUCUCACAGACAACUCCCACACUUUCACUCUCUCUCUCUGUCUCUCUAGGAAUCCUGCAUUGUCUUGAUUUAUCCUUAGAGGGCUGUGUCCUUCUCUGUGAAGCCCUUUGAGUUUCCUCUGUUUUUUCUGCUGCCAAACACAGAAGAGAAGUGGAAGAGGAAAGUACCCAGUUGGAUAUUUAGGAUUUUAACUUUCUGUUUGGAAGCCGGGAAAAUAAAAUGCCCAUUUGGGUUCUCUUCAUUGAUUGAGAAAACAGGGGCUUUUCCCACUACCCAUUUUUGUUCUCUUCUUGUCCUAACCAACUCACUGAACUUUUCCCUUUGUUUCCCGGAAAAAAAAACCAGAGCUUUUGAGUCCAUUUUUCUGGGUUCUUUUUCUUCUUCUUGGGGUUUAAUUUUGUUGGUCUUCUUCUUCUUUCUCCAUCCGCAUUCAUUGUUGUAAUUACAGAUAUCCAUUUAUGAAGCAGUGAAACAAUGAGAGAUGAGAAUUCCAAGAAAAGCAAGCUUUCAUGGCCCAAGACACUGGUCAAAAAAUGGUUCAACAUCAAGAGCAAAGCCGAGGACUUCGAUGCAGACGACGCCGUUUACGGAGGUGUUAAUGGAGAGUGGAGGAACAACCAUUCAGAGAGGGAAGCAUGCACAAUCAAGAAAAGCAAAACAGAAAGAUUGAGCAAGAGGCACUCGGAUAGAAUCCGGCGGGGUAAGAUUGAUAUGGAAGCAUCACAGGUUACAGAUGUGCAUAAUUACAGGAUCUUUGUAGCUACAUGGAAUGUGGCUGGAAAAUCUCCUCCGAGUUGUUUGAAUCUUCAAGAUUGGCUUCAUACCUCUCCUCCUGCUGAUAUUUAUGUUCUUGGGUUCCAAGAAAUAGUUCCUUUGAAUGCCGGCAAUGUUUUAGGCACGGAAGACAUUGCGCCGGCUAAGAAGUGGUUAGCUCUUAUAAGGAAGACUCUAAAUAAUCUUCCUGGAACAAGCGGUGCUUUCCAUACACCUUCGCCAGUAACUGAUCCAAUUGUAGAAUUAGAUGCGGACUUUGAGGGAUCGGCAAGGGAGAAGGCCUCCUCUUUCUUUCAUCGCAGGUCCUUUCAAUCCUUGAGCCGCAGCAUGAGAAUGGACAAUGACAUGUCAAUGCCGCAACCCAGACUUGAUAGGCGAUUCAGUGUUUGUGAUCGGGUUAUGUUCGGGCACAGAUCAAGUGAUUAUGAUCCCAAUUACAGAUGGGGUUCCUCUGAUGAUGAGAAUGUACCUGAUGAUUCACCUGUUCUGACACAUUAUUCACCAAUGUCCAACAGUGGGUCUUUCUCAAUGGAGGAUAGAGAUAGACAGCUAGGCCACUCGAGAUACUGCUUGGUUGCCAGCAAGCAAAUGGUUGGUAUAUUUUUGACAGUGUGGGUAAAAAGUGAUCUUCGAGAUGAUGUUCGCAAUUUGAAAGUGUCUUGUGUUGGAAGAGGAUUAAUGGGCUAUCUUGGAAAUAAGGGUUCAAUUUCCAUUAGCAUGUCUUUGCAUCAAACAAGUUUUUGCUUCAUCUGUACUCAUCUCACCUCUGGGCAAAAGGAAGGAGAUGAACUUCGUAGAAAUUCCGAUGUCAUGGAGAUCCUUAGGAAGACAAGGUUUCCUCGGGUUGAUGACAUGGGAGAUGAAAACUCUCCUCAGACUAUACUAGACCACGAUCGAAUUAUUUGGCUGGGGGAUUUGAAUUAUCGCAUUGCCCUUUCUUACCGCUCUGCAAAAGCUCUUGUCGAGAUGCGCAACUGGAGGGCAUUGUUAGAGAAUGACCAGCUACGCAUAGAGCAAAUAAGAGGACGCGUCUUUGAGGGAUGGAAUGAAGGGAGGAUAUAUUUCCCUCCUACAUACAAGUAUCUAAAUAAUUCAGAUCGGUAUGCAGGCGAUGAUAGGCACACCAAGGAGAAGCGAAGAACUCCAGCAUGGUGUGAUCGUAUAUUAUGGUAUGGAAGAGGCCUCCACCAAUUGUCUUAUGUUCGUGGGGAGUCAAGAUUCUCAGAUCAUAGGCCAGUCUACGGUGUAUUUCUGGCGGAGGUUGAGUCUAUUAACCGUAGCCGAAUCAAGAAAAGUAUGAGUUGUUCCAGUUCCAGAAUCGAGGUAGAGGAGCUGUUGCCACACUCCCAUGCAUACACCGGCCUCAAUUUUUAUUGAAGGGUGGCCUGUCCCUUCUGAUAAUUCACUGUCCCUUCUGAAGCAGAAUUUACUGCACUGUUACAUCAGGAAAUCCUACGAUUACAAUACACCAUAACCGAAACACAAAAUUAUCCGGAAUUCCAACCCCAUUUCACCUCCUCAAUCAUUCAGUUGAAAAUCUUUUGGUCCCCAUAUUGCAAGUGGGCACAGAGCAAUUGCUGAUGGUGAUAAAGACAGACUGUUUUGCUCACAAUCCAGAAGAAGAGCAGGCAGGUACAAAUUUUGGGUGAAUUUGUUGAUACCUUCUAAGUAACCCCACACGUUUACAGGUUUCAGUUCUUUUCAUCCCCAAAUUUCCCAAUUGGCAAAUUUGGAAGUUUCUGGCUUGGUGGAUUUGAGUGAUCUUGGUAAUCAGGAUGAGCUGACCAAGGUUUGGAGGCGCCACCAAGUUAGUUUGACAUCUAAUUUGUUGACUAAUUGUUUUUGAAUAAAAAAAUAAGAUAAAAUCAUUGAAGUUUCCAUUGGAAAAAAGUAGAGGAGAAAAUCAUUAGCGUCAAGCUUAGCUUAGCUUUAUUUUAUUUUUUAUUGAAAAGUGAAGUAUUUGUAUAUUGAACAAAGAAUUCCGUCUGUACAAGUUUAUCAAGUCUGGAUGUUAGAUAGUCGACAACCUACAUUUCUUUUUUUAUGUUGAGUCUUUAUGAUAAUGAAUCUUAUACGAAAUUACACGAGAACUAAAUCGUGACCUGUAACUGUAACUGAUGUUUUGUUUGUCCCGAGCACACAGGAAAAUAAUUAUUUUAUUUUGUUGCAUUGGACACUGAAAAAAGUAGUGGGAUGUGACAAGAUGUGAUGGAUACUCAUUGCUGGUGAAUAAAAUGGGAGAAGUUGAAGGUCUGCUGAUUGAUAUAAAAUUUCUUUUUUCUGUUGCUUGCUUCUAAUGAUUUUGCCUACACAAAUAAACAAAUAAUUUUUAUUUUUUCUCUUUUUUU